AUGCGUUGGAUUUGGUUUGCUUUGUUCUUCUUUGUUGGCUGGAAAUGGACGGGAAUUGAGAGCAAAGAGAGCUGCUACUACAUUAGUUUCACCUACACCAACUGGACAGAUGCACAGCCCCGUUUCGUGGUCAAUAUGACAUUCUCGAAUCAAUCGGGCAUUGGGUCGAUUACCACAAUCAAUGAGGAGAUUCCAAUGCCGGUGUCUCGUCUCCUGGUACUCCAGAUUGGCGGUAACCAGCCUCGGACCAUUUACAAUGCCUCAACGAAACUUUGUGAACUACAAUCUCUGUUCAAUUCGGUGCCUCUGUUCAAGCCGGCCAAGGACAACUUUUUGAAGCAGGGUAACUACUCCUUCAGCUGCCCCCUGCCCAGGGGUACCUAUGUGAUGUCCAAUAUGCGGAUAAAUCCAAAAAACCCGCUCCUAAGUCUAUUGUAUCAGCCCAAACGUUCGUUUAUCGUGAGAGGUGGACUCUUCGAGGAGCUUCCCUCUGGACGCAUAAGUCCAUUGUCCACAUAUUUUAUGGCAGGCAAAGUGAUUAAAAGGAGCUGCGGAGCAAGUGACUAA